AUGAAUAAAGGGAUGCGAAAUGUCAAAUAUGUAAUAGAGGUAGCAAAAAGUUGCAACAUCUAUUUAUAUAGAAGAGUGAUAGAGUUAAGAAUGAAAGACUGGAAAACUUUGGUCACCAGUCAAUGGUUUUUCAUCGGAAUGCAGAUUCUUGUGAAUCUCGUUCAAUAUUUAUUAUCAUACAUUUAUUCUCAACCUUACGGGACACGAUGUGUGGCAGGAAUUCUAAUAAUUCUUGGAGACAUUCUUAUGAUAGUAUUCCUUAUAGUUGAAAGAGUAAAUAGAAAACGCAAUAUGGAGAAAAGUCGUUUAUUGAAACUUGUGGCUACUUUGAGAAGAAUGAUUUGGUUUCUCUUCAUGGUGCUCAUCGUUUAUAAGGUAAUAAGCUUGGGAUUAGGUACCAUUAAGGAUCCUCUUAACUUAGGGAAAGAAGCCGCAAGAGUAGUUAACUUAGAUUUAGCUCAAAGACUGGCGAUUAUGGCAUUUACAAUCAUUUCCAUAUUUUUUGACUUCGCUGCACUUACAGUGUUGUGGUCUUUUAAAAUAAGUUUUGCAUCUUUGGUUUUUGGAUUUUCCUUCCUGUUUGACUUUGUUUUGGGAAUUCUGGAAAUUCAGCUUACAGCUAUUCAAAUUGCCAAUGUACCUCACGAGGGAUUUCACAUCAAGGCCUUCUACUUGUUUGUAGGAGCUUUCACUAUUGCAGGUGCUCUCUUGGGAUUUAGUAUCAUGAUGACUAUGACGCCAUUCAAUCGCUUUUCACCAAUUUUCCGAAGACUUGUUCUGUUUCUAGAUCUUUGCUUCGUUAUAUUGACUUUACUUACUGCAGUUGCUUUUGGAACUGCAGUAUAUAUGCUGCAGGAAAGUGGUAUUGAGUUGACCAGAGCUAUACCGAUUAUGUUUGGCGCAUGUAUGUUUAUAAAUAUGGCGGCAAUUUGGAGUUCUAGGAAACUAUGGGUACGAUUUGCACGUGAACUUAUCGCAGAAGAAAUCGAUCUCAGUUCUCUUAAGCCAUAUCAAAGGGCAGCUUAUGCAAAAUUGAUUUCUUCAAAUUCUAGGAGUAAUGCUGGGGUUUCGGGGGAAGAAAUUCUUUCCCUCAUGGAUGCCUACAGUGUCUCAAAGUUAGAUAACCUUCGAUGUGUGGUGUUGAGGAUAUAUGAUCCUCGGAAGUCAGGCAGUAUAAGUUCACCGGAUGAAAGAAAUAGACUCUUCGAAAAAUAUCAAGCGGUUGAUUAUAACGAGAAAUUCUUUUUCGAUGAGGCAAAGGAGGAUUUAUCCGUUGAGAUUCUAGAUACCUUGAAACCGAUGUCUAAGAACCAAAGAAAACGAUUACUUAAAAAGGCUAAUGCGAAAAAAAAAGUAGUCGAGUUCCCCUUAAAUAGCGUUACGUCAGACGCUGAAUUUGAGGAUGAGAUGAAAUUUUAUUCUGACUUAAAAUCAACUGAAGCUUUGGUGCUAUUCUCAAUCGUAGACAGCUAUGAUGUAACAUCGUCUAUCCCCGGACGGCUUGGGAAAAUAAUGUCAAGAUACUUUGGUGCCAAUUCAUUUUCAAAAUUUUUAUGUAUUAGAGUGGGACUUUUGGCAUUUCAUUGGCCCUUUCGCCAUUCUAUUUUUUACUGCAGCUCAACGAAGAACCUUGGCUUGCGUAAUGCUUUAAUAUUCAAGGCGAUAGCUAAAUAUAAUAAUCGUCAGAAAAGAAAGUGCACAAUCAUCAUUGACCCAAUGUAUUCUUGCCCCGCCACAGAUAACUCAAUAAACUAUAGCUCAUGGGUGGAAGUCAGCCUUCCUCCUACCAAUAUAAUUGACCUCAGACCACAUAAAAAAGAGAGUCCGCUGGAAUUUUUCAAAAGUAUUAAAUAUAGAGUACAAUCUGAUGCAUUUUUGAAUGCUGGAGGCGUUGUUUUUGAAAAAAAGGAAUACUCUAAAAGCAGCUGCUCAACAGCUCUAGACUUGUGGUCGAACAUAGCAGUUUCCCGAAUGGAACAUGGAUGUAAUGGCUAUUUUGCCAACCCAAAUCUUGAUUUUUUCGAAACAUUAGUGAGCUACGACAAUGAAAUGAGUAAAAGAUCGUUACUAUUUUUAGAAAUAGAUGGUGAGGCAAUUGCUUCUUGUGUACUUUUCAGACUCGGUGAAACCAUUACAUCAGAUCUUCAGGGUCUUAAUUAUGAGAAAGGCAGGAGACACAAAGCGUACUUUGUUAUGAUGGAGACAGUAGUUAAGAUAGCUAUGAAAGAAGGUAAAAGUUUCGUUGACUUUGGCCCCACUACAGAUGCAUCCAAACAUAGUAUUGGGUGUCAGUCUGUUCAUUUGACAGGGGCUCUAUAUACGAGUCUUCCGUUUGUCUCCGGAAUCAUAAAUUUUGUGGCAAAGAAGAUAAAAAUCUGA